UUAUUAAUAUACUUCAGAUUUUAUGUGCAGGAAUACAUUAAAAGCUUUCCUUAUAGAGAAUUUAAAGUAUUGGGUGCUUAUUGCUUGAAUGUUUGUGUCAGCAUAGGGCAUUUCUAAUUUGCAUCUUGUACUUAGUUUUUUUUUUCUCGAUUUUAGAAAGCAAAUUUAUUUCUGUAAUGCUCACAGACAGCAGACUGAUUUAGACUAGAGCACAUUUUCUCUAUUUGAAGUUGUAUCCAGGUUGUAGCAUCACCCUGAUGUUAUGAAAUUUUAUAAAAACUCUUAAAUUACAGCUAUAUUAUACGAAAAGGCCCAGUUUUCUAACAACCCUUAUCACUAUUAAAAGAAUUCAUUUCCAUGUUGAAUACCCCCCUCUGUAUGUAUGCUUUGAAUACACAAGUUGCAUUGCAUGGUGAUGCUGAAUGGGGCAGCUGCUUGCAUAAUAUUAGCAUGACAGUGAUGUUUUAAACCUUGGGGAAUAAAUACAUCCAUGAGCUAAAACAGUCCCUGCACCCUCAGAAUCCCACUGCUGAGCCAAGACGGAUAGGGGUAGUUACAGUAUGCAGUAUUGGUCCCAGGGUAUGACAGAGACAAUAGGGUGAGGUAAUAGGUUUUACUGGACCAACCUCUGCGGGUGCGAGAGAAGCUUUCGAGCUACAUCCAUCUCUUCAGGACUUCUAUAAUCCAGGAAUGUUACUGAUGAAAUGACAUUGCAGGAGGUUAUUGCUGCACUGCAUUUCUUGGAUGAAAGCCAAACAGUUACUUUCUGUAGAGUGGGUAAAAUCCCCUAAUUGCAUAUUUACAUGUGUAGAUCACUGCGUUACUGUGUUAGUCACUGUCUCUAUGCAGCAAUGACAAGGCUGGAAGAAGCAAAUAGAGAAGUGAACAUGCAUUCAUCGGUCCGAUACCUUGGCUAUUUAGCCAGGAUCAGCAUAUUGGUUGCUAUAUGUCUGGGCCUUUAUGUCAGGUGGGAGAAGACUGCAGAUGCACUAAUACUGGUAAUAUUUAUCCUGGGACUUUUUGUUCUUGGAAUUGCCAGCAUACUUUAUUAUUAUUUUUCAAUGGAAGCAGCAAGUUUGAGUCUCUCCAAUCUUUGGUUUGGAUUCUUGCUUGGCCUCCUCUGUUUUCUUGAUAAUUCCUCUUUUAAAAAUGACGUGAAAGAAGAAACAACCAAAUACUUGCUCCUUGCCUCCAUAGUUAUAAGGAUAUUGUGUGCUUUGGUGGAGAGGAUUUGCGGAUGUGUCCAUCAUCGACCAACUCUGCUGACAACAGUUGAAUUUCUGGAGCUGGUUGGAUUUGCAAUUGCCAGCACAACUAUGCUGGUUGAAAAAUCCAUAAGUAUCAUCUUGUUGCUUGUGGCUUUGGCCAUGCUGAUUAUUGAUUUGCGGAUGAAGUCUUUCUUGGCAAUUCCAAAUUUGGCAAUUUUUGGAGCUCUGGCAUCUUUAUUGUUUUUUCCUUCCCUGAACAUUCCCACAAACCCAUUUGCCUUGGGCUGUUUCUUUAGUUGCCUGAUUUCAGACCCUCUUCUUGAUGUCUAUUUCAGCGGACUUUCAGUUACUGAACGAUGGAAGCCCUACUUGUACCGUGGUAGAAUUUGCAGAAGGCUUUCAGUCAUCUCUGUUGGAGUAAUUGAACUUAUCUUUUUCAUUCUAGCAGCAUUUAAAUUAGGUGACUUGGGUCUCUGGUAUUUUGUUAUACCUGGUUUUUCCAUUUUUGGAAUUUUCUGGAUGAUCUGCCACAUUAUUUUUCUUAUAACUCUUUGGGGGUUUCAUACAAAAUUAAAUGACUGCCACAAAGUCUAUUAUACCCACAGGACAGAGAAUAAUAGCCUUGACCGAGUCAUGGCUUCUAAAGGAAUGCGUCAUUUUUGUUUAAUUUCAGAGCAGCUAGUAUUUUUCAGUCUCCUUGCAACUGCAGUUUUGGGUGCAGUAACUUGGCAGCCAAAGAAUGGGAUCUUCAUGAGUGUGUUUCUGAUUGUUUUACCUCUGGAGUCCAUGGCUCAUGGGCUUUUCCAUGAACUGGGGAACUGCUUGGGAGGAACAUGUGUUGGAUAUGCUGUUGUGAUUCCCACCAAUUUCUGCAGUCCUGAUGGUCAACCUACGCUUCUUCCACCUGAGCAUGUGCAAGAGUUAAAUUUGAGGUCUACAGGCAUGCUUAAUACCAUCCAGAGGUUUUUUGCAUAUCACAUGAUUGAAACAUAUGGCUGUGACUAUUCUACAAGUGGACUUUCUUUUGAUACACUUCAUUCUAAGCUGAAAUCUUUUCUUGAACUUCGGACUGCAGAUGGACCCAGACAUGAUACCUAUGUUUUAUAUUAUAGUGGUCACUCCCAUGGCACUGGUGAAUGGGCACUAGCAGGUGGCGAUGCAUUACGGCUUGACACGCUUUUGGAAUGGUGGAGAGAGAAGAAUGGUUCUUUUUGUUCGCGACUUAUAAUUGUGUUAGACUGUGAGAACUCCCAGCCUUGGGUUAAAGAAGUAAGAAAAGUAAAUGAUCUAUAUAUUGCAGUACAAGGAGCAGAAUUUGCCAGAGUGGUAGACAUUGAGGAAGCAGACCCUCCGCAACUUGGUGACUUUACCAGAGAAUGGGUCGAAUACAAUUGUAACCCUGACAAUAGCAUCAGCUGGUCUGAAAAGGGCCGUGCGGUGAAAGCAGUGUACGGUGUGUCAAAACGCUGGAGUGACUAUACUCUACAUUUGCCAACAGGAUGUGAUGUUGCCAAACACUGGAUGAUGUACUUCCCUCGUGUUACCUAUCCAUUGGUGCAUUUGGCAAACUGGUUUUGUGGUCUCAAUCUGUUCUGGGUCUGUAAGGCUUGUUUUAGAUGCUUGAAAAGAUUUAAAAUGAAUUGGUUUCUUCCCACAGUGCUGGACACAGGACAAGGCUUCAAGCUUGUUAAAUCAUAAUUAAAAACCAAAGAUGAGUAGAAGUGGGAGCUCUGGGAACUUUCCCACUCUCAAAUUUGAUUGACUUGCAAUUUUUUAUAUGUAACAGUUUUCUCUGUUGAAGAAAUCUUGCUACUUCAGUAGCUAUACUCACUGUGUUCAUCUUUUUGAGCAAUUACAGUAUAUGCAAAGGGUUGGAAGCUUCAUUCUAAAAUGAGGAGGAUAGGAUUAUACUAUUUGAAUUUUGUUACUGAGUUGUAUAUAAACAUGUAAAAGAUUUAUUAAAUAUGACCAUGCACUUUGGAGACAGAAAGCUGCCUGUGUUCAGAACCAAGAAAUUACAGGCUUUAAUAAGCUAUGGCUCAUAUGAUGAUACAUGGCAAUUAUAUCCCUCUCAAACGUCAAAUACAGGAAAGGAAACAAGCCACUGUUCAAAUCAUUUUAUUAUGCCCUCGCACUUCUAUGAUGGGUUUCAGAGUAUUAUAGAACAACACAGAGUCAAAAAAUAGAAAAACUCAAGAAGCCCUGUAGGUAGGUAGCUGCAAGGAUAUUUAAAUUAAUUUACAUUAGCAUUCUCAGUCCCUGCCUGUGGCCCACAUUGACAACAAUAGGAGUUGCCCACACAGAGUGAGGGAAUGAAAUGGAUCUUUGUUAGAACAUUUUGUGGUUCCAGCCAUGUUCUUGUUGACAGCCAACAAAGAGCGGUUUUCAAAUGUGAUUUUUAAAAUGUUCAAUAUUUUUUCAAAAUAAAUUCAGUCUCUCAGGUGAUAUUUUCUUUUAAAAAAGUUAAUAGGUAUAAGGUAUAAUAAAUGUGCUAAAGGUUUUGUGUGUGUUUACGCGCGCGCGUGUGCAGUUGGGGGCGGGAGGGAUGGGCUAUUCCAUCAGAUCUCCUGGACUUCCAUCAGUUUGGCUUUCCCCCAGGUUUCUUAUCUGAAAUCUCUGCUGUGCCUAGGACCCCAGUCCUGUGGAGUGGUGAGUAUAGGAUUGGAUCUAGGGGGGUGAUUAUCUUUUUUUUUUUUUUUUUUUUAAACUGAAACCAGACAGUUUGACAGGGAGAGUUGGGUUUUCCCUUUGUUGGGGAAAUUAGUCCUCUCCGCCCUGAGUAUCCCUCUUUGGAGGACCGGUCAGCACUGCUCCUUCAGUCAGAGAUGUUUGUCAGUUUAUAUGAGGUAACACUCACUCCAAAGGCAGAACUCUCUGGCUCCACAGUACUCUUAGCCUUUGUUCACCUGAAGUGCAGGACACCAAGAGUUGUAGGCUGCUGGGUGGAUCCACUUAAAAUUGUUUCAGAAUAAGUGUGUGUGUGAAUAAUUUAUAAGAUUUUGGAUUUACAUCAUUCGUUCACCAGCAUUUUAGUAAAAAUGCAAGUCAUUUUAUAAAUAAGACAUUAGCUGAGGAAGUUGCCUGAAAUGUAGCUGUGGUUUAAACAUCUGAAAAACAAUGUUAUGAGCUCUGUAACUCUUUGACUUCUGAGGGCUCGUAGCCUGCUGAGUUUUUUAACGUAAUGGUCAACUCAUUUAGAUAAUCUGCCAAUCCUGGUACAUAUUAAUUUGUAAACCCUACAAGAGAGGAAAUAUUCUAGUAGUAGUUGUUGGGCACGCCAGUAACCCCAAUAACUCAUCGCUCCUUCAAACUGUCAAUUCCAAUGAGUUAAAUUCACUGGCAAGUUAGGGCUCCUUCCCUAAAUUUCGUUUAUUAUCCUGUGUUGUGCAAGUUAGUUUAGCAAGAAAAUCAGCAUUCCUGCCCUGCCACAAAAAGGGAGGGGGAGUUAAGGUGGGUGAGAGACAAAUCAAAUCAUAUAAACUGUUAGGUUUCUUUCCAUUCAACCAUCUCAAAAUAACAACUGAGAUAAUGGUAACUAAGAGAAAGCAAUACAGGAACAGAGAACACUGUGUUCCAAAAAAGGGAAGCACUAUCUUGAUCUUACAGGGCUGGUCUACAAAAGUCAGCUAUUUCUGAGUGACAAACCUUGGGUCUGGAUGGGAGGGAUCUUCAAACAGACAGUUAUUAUUCUUGGUAAAAUGAUCAUUAUUUUGGCUUCAGUUUUGGUAACAAUUAAUUUAGUUGCAGUAAUAGAAUGCUCCAUCUAGAUGGCUCAUAGUACCCAGACAAAUCUGUGUGUAAUGUAAUGUAAAUAUGUAAUGACAGAUUUAACUUGUUAACUAUGUCUCUUUAAAGCCCCAUUAUUAGGACAUAGUAGUUACAACACAAACUUUUACAAGUCAGAAAAUUAGAACAUUGUAAUUCAAGGAAACAUAAACAUGAAUCUGCAAAUACUGUUGAUUUCAUCACCAGCCUUAACUCCUCCCCUUGCUUAUUCACUAUGGACUGGUGGGCGAUCCUUUACUGUCUAGUUGCAACUGGAGAAAUCUUGUGUUUAUAUGAACUACAUCAGUAUAUUCUGCUGUUGUACAAUGAUAUAACUGGCUUUCAUCCUUGUAGCCAGUAAUGGUUGCAGAGAGAGGCCAUCAUUGGAGAGUUUAUUAGAGGUCUAUGGCCUAUAUGUUGUGAGAAGAUAUAGAAAUGGUGAUAUUUUGUCCGCAUAUGAAAGUGUGAGAUCUCUGACCUAUGCUGGAAGUGUGAAUGGCCUAGUGUGGGGAAACCUGCCCAUAAUAUAAUCAUGGGCAGGGGCAGAGGGUAAUAUGUCAAAUAAUGUCUGCUGUGGCAUGUAUGUGGAAGGCAAGAAAGCCUCUACUUAGUGGAUUUGUUUACAGUUUAACUACUGGCCUGCUGCGUUAUCUCUAGGAUAGUGGGGAUCGUCUUUAGCCUUUAGUUGAGAGAUGGAUGGGGGAUAUUGCUAUUGAUUAAGAAGGCAGAGGUAAAGUUGGUAUUUGGAAACUUAAAUGGGUAUCUCUAGAUUUUCCCAUGUAUUUAUUUAACUACAACAUUCUGAUUUCCUGAGUUCAAAUACUUGCGUUUUAACCUGAACUCAAAAGUCGCUCACUUUCAGACUUUGAAGAAUAAUAAUAGUAUUCUAAUAAUACUAUUUUAGAUGUAAAGAUCUGUUUAUAGCUAUACUAACUGGACUUUUUGUCUGGAAUCUUCUUUUCCCAUUGUCCAAAAGAACAUGCUGUCCAUCUGUUUUUAAUCAAAAAAAGAACCACAGGGGUUGGGAGCCUACAGAACUCAAACACAUUAAUUCUGAGUGGCACUAACUUCCAUGCUCCAUUGUCUAGCAGCACGAAUGACUGCAGAACUCCAUAUUUCUGUGGCUAGCUCUCUGUAUAGGUGCCACAAGAUCAGCAGGGAUGCAGCUUGAAUUCUCUAGAGGUGUUGUGGCAUCCAAGCAAUUAUAGGGCCAUGCCCCAACUUCAUGUGGCCACCCUCUGGAGUGGGUAAUACAUCAGAAACCUUAUCCCUAAGGUUGGUCAGGACUGGACAGACAAUAUUUAACGGUAUCUCAAGUUACUGAUUUUGUUGACAGAUACUGGAGCAUAGGAGACAUGGUGACACUCCUGUGGAACUGUGACCUGCCUAGUGUUAAGCAGAAGUGAUUUUAGGAACAUUUGCAGUUGCAAGCUCCAGCCCUGCUCCAAGGUCCAUGCAGGCAGACCUCAUUGAGACUCACUGACUUCAAUGGAACUCUGCCUAAAUUGAUCCCGGUGUAGGGUUUGGGCCAUAUUUGAAUCUCAGUGCCAUAAGGUGCUAUUUAAAUCUGAUUCCAAAGAGUAUCUCAUUUGAGCAAAUGCUUAGGAAUGAGCAGUAUGGCGUCAGCAGGUGACUCAAGAUUUGAACUUAUUUUGAAGGUACUUGACUUCUGCACUGUACAUUCAGCCACUCAUUCAAAAGGUGUGUAUUUUUACCACAGCUGUGAGCUCACUUUAUAUUGGCUUGGUUUACAUUUCAGUUACCUCGUUUACAGGGCACGCUUUGCUGAAACAUACAGCUGCACUGAUUCCUGAAAACAAUUGUCUUGAAAUGGACUGCAUCUUGAAAAUGUACAGUGAUGUUUUUCUCUGACUAAACACAGGACAAAUCCAUUUCCUUUUUAAAAAUGUUUGCACUAUCACUUCUGUAUCUCCACCUUUUUGUUUGUGCUUUGGGAGUUUGGGUUUUGUUGUCUUUAGCUAAAACAUUUCCUAGGAUUUUUUUUUAACUUAUAAAUUCUUCUUCCCUUCAGUUCACAAGGUGAUAACCUAACAGGGUGAUACACUUGAGUGGUUAGAUGGCAUUUUCAGUUUCUUGCCUGCGCUGGAUAGUGUAAUUGGAUGAAAUUCCUUGUUUAUAAAUGAUGAUAGAAUUUUUGUGUGGGGAGAUUCUUUUCAUAUUUGGUUUUAGAUUCUGUAAAUGAAAUCUGUGUUGUAAUAUUAUUGCUCAAAUAUAUUUUGCUGUUUUGGA